AUGGACGCCAGUUGUGGGCCAUCUAAUGCCUUGACUCAGCUUUCCAAGCACACGCAAAGAGACUCGUCACUCCAGAAUGACUUUGCGGGUCGCCAGAAUCACAUUCAGCAGAAUGGCUUCCGUAGCCAUGGAGUGGUGGACAACAAUCUCAACCAGGAGUUUCAACGCUUUAACGCCGGAGGCAUGUCGUUUGAGCCCCAGUUUGCCGCCCAACGACCACAGGUACAUCUGCCGUUGUCCGGUCAGCCGCUCCAGAAAAUGGGCGGCUUGGGCAACCAGGCAUGGGUGCAAGACUUCAACAGCUUAUCUCUCGGAGAUAAGGUAAAUCAAAGACCUGCCCCAGCCAUGGGAACACAGAAGUCCGACUGGCACCAGCAGUUCAUGCAGCAGAACAUUCAGCAUCAGCAGAACAUUCAGCACCAAAACCAGAGCCAAUUCCAAGGCCAGUUUCAGAGCCAGAACCUGUCCCAGUUUCAAGGCUACAGGCCCAUGAUGGGGUACGACCAGCAGUUUAGACAGUUUGGUGAGGAACACGAAAGCAAUAUGCAAAUCAAUGGUUCGGCAGAAGUGGAUAGUGCCAAGUUUGACAGCCAUUUCGACCAGUUAGAGAGGGAAAUGUUGGAAGAAGCUGAAUCUAUGGAUCAACUCAAUGAAACCGAUAUUGAUGAGUCCGAGAAGGAGCAGUUCGCAGAGGCAGCUCGACAAGUGAAGAAGUCCAUGAUUUCUCAGAAGAAUUUGACCUCGGAGGAGACGUCCUCAAAAUUUCAUCAGUCAGACUUUCUCAAACUCAUGUCUCUGAUCUCCAACCGUCAAGUGGAACUUUCCAAGGAGGGCGACAAAUUAGUGGAGAAGUCAUCGGGUGAAGAUAUCCGAAACCAUUUAAGUGACCCACUCAAGCAUGAAAAGGAGUCGCAGCCUGAUUAUCAUCACCCAGUGCAUCUGGCUGGGUACUUUGGCUCAUCAACAGAUACACAGGCACCACCACGAGUCACCAACGAAUCACAAAAUGUCACUAGCCACUUGCCAGACCCAUUGGCACAUAUCAAAGACGGUACUUUGCCUUCAAACCUAACGCCGCUUCAGGCCGCCAAGAUUAUAAGUGGAGGUCAAGUUAAUGGUCGCGACUGGGAAGAGAAUGAGACAUGGCUGACUCGUGGGCCGCGGGGAAGGCAGGGUAUUAUGCCACAAGAGUGGCAAGAUGUCUACGAUGACUACCGGAACGAUGACGAUUUUCACUAA